GCCUAACAAUUGCUAAUAUAUAAACAGUAAACUUCUGUUAAGUGAAAUAGUAAAUUAAGAUAAGUAUCUAUAAGAAAUAGUUUACUAUUUCUAAUUGAAAUAAGCUACAAAACAUAUAAGCAGUACUAGAAAAGAAAAUGAAAUCGAAUAACCUCGACGAGGAAACGAGACACCUGAAACUAAUGACUCUGAUUUGGGACGGUGUACUAUGCUUCAUGUAUUCCAUAUUGUUCUUGCUUCGCGUAUAUGAGACGAUCGUGGAAUUGAAUCUGCCGAAUGAUGAAGUACAGUCUAAAAUGAUACAAUAUAAAAUAUCAUUGGGUUUUUUAAUUACAGCUUCAGGUUUGGCCUUAUUUCUUGCUAUAUAUUGUUGGUGUGAAGUACAGGUUCUAAUAUCGAAUGAAGUAUCAUUAUCGAAUUACAGAAUCCCAAUCCAUUGUUCUUUCCUUUUAUGGCUUGUACUUGUGGUGAUUAUUACACAAGUAGACUUAAUGUCUAUUAUUGUAUCUGUUAUACUUACUGCUAUAUUCUUACUACUUGUAGAAUAUGUUCUCCUUAAACAUGAUUUUCUCUACGAAGAAGGUGGUCUUCCUGUAUAA